AUGGCUAUGAACAUCUCAGGCAUCACAGUCACCCUUCGCUCGGGUGCGGGAAAAGAUAUCCCCACAUACAAGGCAGAGAAGGUCAACACGGGUAUCAUCGCGGGUUUUGUGCCUAGUGAAGCAGGAGAGACGUUCGAGAUCUGCAUAGAUAACCAACUCUUCUCCGGCGAGGGCCUUGCGUAUGACAUUUACAUCGACGGCCGUGAAAUGCAGAAGUUCUCCUGUCAUCCCAUGCAGAAAUCGAUAGUGAAGGGCGUGUAUAGCUCUAGUGGUGUUCGCCCGUUCACAUUCGCAAAGCUUCAAUUGAAAGAGGACGACGGUCAAGCGCCCUCCUUCGAUAUAUCCCAACUUGGCGUCAUCGAAGUCAAAGUCUGCCGAGCCAUCGUGAAAUACGACGACGUGCGGCCUGCGGUCUUUACGCAUCAGCAGUUCAAACCCAACCUAGACCCCGUCUCCGAGAAAGCGAAGAAGGUCGGCUGGCACAGUGUGUCUUUGGGCUCAGUCCAGCCUUCUUCUGGUCUACGGAAUUCUACUAUCGCGGCUAUAGACCAGCCCAACAAGCCGUACGCCAUCUUUCGUUUCCGAUACAAACCGAGAGAGUUGCUGGAGGACGAAGGCAUCGCUCCGCCCAGUGAACGCCCCAAGCAGCCUGUUGCGCCUGUUACGGGCCAGAAACGGUCUCGGCCGGAGGAAAACGCCAACCCAGGACCUAGCGCGAAGCGCACCGCGACCCAGGAGAACGUCAAGCCAGAACCGAGCGCUUCGCAAUCGAAGACUCCUAAGGUCGAGGGGGCGAAGAAGUUUGAGAGCGUGAAGAAGGAGGGUGCGAAGAAGGUCAAGCGCGAGCGCCUGGACGGAGAGGUCAUUGAUCUGACUAACCGCGGGCGCUCACCGAUUCGCGUACCGGUCAGAGGAGAGGUCAUCGACCUCUCCGAUGACUAG